AUGACUUCCCACAGUUUGACACACCAAGUGAAUGCUGAACAAGGGAGAUACACCGGCAAAAUGUCGUGUCCUCAUCGCAGCGCUGUAGUGGUGAUUUUGUGUCUAUUUUCGCUGUUCCUUGGUUCAAUUCGAAGUUCCCCCGGAUACGGUAUGUUUAUGCUUUAAAUAUUUCAUUGUUUUCUUAUGCGAGGUACUCGGAGUGACCGUGUUCAUCUUUCAUUCUACUUUUGCGAUCCUGUCAAGAUAACGAUAACUGUUUUUGUCUUCCAUUGGAUUCAAUUGUGAAUUCUUUUCAUGGCUGCUGUUUGUAUGAUCUAGGAUAAUCAGUUGUCUAUCAAUCACUCAUUUACGGCAAACGUUUCUAAUUCCGUCAUAAAAGGUGUUUAUACCGUGCAUUCAAUCCAAGAUUCCUCGUAAAAUCAUGGCGAAAUGAUAGCAUUUAGGUUUAAUCAUUAGAGUUGUAACAAGACUCCGAAGUUGAAGCUUAGAGCUCAGGAAUUUAUUAUCAAAACACCACGAAUACUUGUCUUUAAAUACCUCUAGCAGAGAGCAUAAAGCUACGAUGAAGUAAUUCUUCCAUUAGGAGAAAAAUCUGGAAGUUGCCAUAAAACACAAGUAUGUCAAUUACAGUAGUAUCAUUUACAGAUACUCUAUCAAGAAUCUGGUUAACUGCGAAGUAUUUUAUCAUAAACAGCGACAAAAAUGCAGGCUAAUGGAUUUAACAAACCCCAAAUUAGUAUUUUUUGUUUUCCCGGUCACCAUGUACAUUAAACAGAAACAUAGCCGCGUAUAAAUUCUGGAAAAAAAAACGUAUUCAACCUUUCGCCAAGAUUUAUAUUCUGCCUGGCUCGUCUACCAGAGAAGCAGUGUCGUCAUGUUCCACCUCCUUCGCGGUCGCGCACGAAAAUCGCAAUUCGUGGUUUUCCUUAACAUCGUCAAGUGAUCUUUUGCGUGCCACUAUCCCUACAAAACCUAGAACAAGAGUGAUGAUCGAUUUGUUUAAAGUAAGAGUGUGAAUUAAGAGACUACAGAUGUGUCACCGAUUCGCUCAGUUACACUCGUGCUGAUGAUAAGAACCUCAUAUACCCUCGUUACGGAUUCGCGCAGUAUGUUAGCUUUAAAUAUGCUAUGAUUUUAACAGUCCAUUCCUUUGUCGUCUACGAGACUGUGCCGCAUUUAAACAGCCUAGACUGAGAGUUUGUGAGUUUGUUAAAAUAUUAUGUCUUGAACACAAUAACAAAAUGGAAAGGUAUAUCUUCAACAGAGUGAUGAUUUUGACACAGCCUGUCCAAACUUUUGACGAAUUUCCUCCUGCCUUUCGUUCAGUAUUCUGACGCAGUGGGUGGGUCUACAAAGCUCGCACCACAAUAUAAUCCCCUCCUCUAUCAAUGUGGGAUAAAGCAAAAGUUGCAUGGAAAGACCCGACUUCGGACAAGUUUCGCAAUAGCCCAGUAGGAGAGUUAAAAGCUGGGAUUUUAUUUCGAUUCAAUUUUCGUCAUUACUUCUGCUCUGAUCUACACGCGUGAUCUUGAUGUUAGAUCAUGUUACCACAGAUUUUCUCUGAUUACGGGCGAUUAGCGCCGUCGGAUUAGAUUCUACGGAACAAUAAAUAGAGCUAUCAGAGUCCUAGUAACGCUCAAUGAAAGAGUGAUGACAAAUUUCGUCUCAAGUAAUUGAAAACAGGAACAUCGGGAACACCACUUAAGGUUAGACUAUUAACAGCAUGCGUUUCACGUAAAUGCUUCUUGACACCAACCUGACAAAAGUUUCCUGGUGUUUUUUGAGAAUUAUCGGUGGUUUAAUGUUUCUUAACUUGACCUUUCCUAAAAAAAAAGGCUUUUAAUAAGCUCUUAACACAAAACAAACGUGACCUUGACCUAUGCCAAGGCGCGGUGUUGUGUUGCGAAGAUGCUUGCAUACAACCUCAAAGGGUUUUUUUUUUCUAAAAUACUUCAAAAUGCAAUACUUUGAGAAUGAAAUUCGAUUACCUUCCUUCCUUUUUCACUCUUUUUUAUUCCCUCCCAUCUAAAGGUUCUAUCAGUGAACUUUCUGGUUUAGUUCUCAAGCAAACCCCUGUUUGUGGCACCUUUGUAACUCAAACCCUUCCCAUAUCAUGUGAAGCUUGGGUAAGCUGUGGCUCUGAGUCACGCAAUGGCACUGGAGAGAUGGGUGGACAACGAGGCGGGGCCUAUCGUGUGAUAACCAGAAAUAUCGAUGCGCUUUCAAGCAAAUGAAAAAAUUGUUAUCUCAAUUAGAAUACGAAUCGGAAAAAAAUCGGAAGUUAAGCCCCCAAUUUUUUUUUUUUUCGGAAAAAACACAGACACUUGUUUUUUUCACCGGGAGUCGCUGUUUUAAAAUACCCGUUUGUUGCUGAGCAACGACCAGCACCCACUUUUGUUCGUUGAAUAGGGGGGGAUAAACAUUUUACCCGUUUAUUACAGUGGUGGCAAAUUUUGCCGCGUUGUUGGGGUACAUGUGCCGUGUUUAAAUUCAUCUGGCCUAAUUUGGAUAGGACUAGAUUGUAAUUGCCCCUUUUCUAAUCAAAGCGUGUUUUGUUUCUCUGAAUAGUCUUCGAACACAACAACUACUUUUACAAGUUUGUAUUUCCUGAGGAUGACACUCGAACUUGGUACGAAGCGGAAACGCUUUGUAAGACGCGUGAAAACGGCCAUUUGACAAGCCUUGUAUCUAACAGAGAGAUAGAAUGGGUAAAUAGUGUGAUAAAAAACGCCGUACGAGAUUCGCAGACCAAAGUCAGGCUUUGGAUCGGAGGGAACGACCAGAGAAUUAAUGAUGUAUGGGAUUUCCUCGACGGGGAACCUCUACGGUAUAAUGUUGUUCCCUGGGCGCCCGGACAGCCAUGGAGACCCCUGGAUGUACAUUACGCCUACUGUGUCUCUCUUGAGUUUGAAGGUGAAAGCUCAAGAUGGUACGUUGAGGACUGCUUUAAGGCGCACGGUUAUAUCUGCAAGUCAAAGCGUAAGUUACAGUGGUGAUAGCUCUUUGACAUACGAUGUGGGAUGGGUUUGGUGACAGUAGUUGCGAAGCGAAAAAACCAAGGGGCCUUGGGUGGGGUCGUGUAACGCAAUUUUCAGUGGUCAGAGGGUUUCGUAUCAGGCCACGUAAGGUCUCGGUUCCACGCUGUUAAAGAAAUUCUACAACGCUGGCAUUCAGAGCCAUAACCUAGAUUCAUAAAGAUGUCAUCGCAAUGUGGUGAGUGGUUAAGGCGCUGGACUUGUAAUCUGGUGUCUCGGGUUCAAGCCCCUCACCCCACCCGGCUACCAGCCCCACGGGGGGAGUGGUCAGUUUAUCAUUAUCAUCGCAAAAAUAAGCUACCCAUGAAAUACCAAAUGUUGUCAAAAUAUUAAUCGAGGCCAAUUAAUACCUUUUAAGUAGCAAACGGCGAUUUAAAAAAGAAGAAUUGGAGAAUUGGAUCCUUCAAAAUCUUGCAAUUUUAGUACAUGACUUUUUUUUUGCUUUCUGUUAAUGGGAAAUUCCCUCUCUUUUUGCAGAGCCGUCUUCAAGAAUCACGGAGAAAAAGAGAUUCGGAUACAGUAAGGGCCUUGAAAUUCAAAUACAACAAAAUUAACAGGAAACAACAUAUGGUGUUUUAAAAACAUUUUGUUGAAUUUGAUUUGCGUUUAAUUUAAGGUUUCGAUCAUAUCUAAUUGUCUUCCUGCUGUCCUCGAGCCUUAGCCGGCCACACUGGUAUCCUGUUUUCUAAGGGAAGAGGAUGAGUGGCGGGGAUGAUAUUUCCACUAUUUUGCAAGAUCAUUCUUUGUCCUUUGUUUAGACAUAAAUAGUUCUAGAUAUCUUAUCUUUACGCCGACCAAUUCUCAUUAACGAGAGCCUUGUGAAUUUCAGGUUGGGAAUGGGGAAAUCACAUUUACAAAUUUUUCCCUCUACCAUGGACCGGUCUCAGUUGGACAGAGGCGGAGGAGUACUGCUCGGUAAUGGAGAAAGGCCAUCUGCUAAGUAUCCGAUCCCGGAAAGAGAGCCGAUGGGUCACCGACAGAAUCCGACAAAUUCGUCAGGUAAUCGGCUUCCGAAAGUUAUGGAUUGGAGCAUCGGAUUUUGGACAUGAAGGAGAGUACGAAUGGUCCGCCAAAAACCUACCUGUUACUUUCCAGCGGUAAGAAAAGGGACAGAUGUAUUAAAAUCGAAGAAGGAAAAAAAUGGGAAUUCAUGAUUAUAAUGAUUCAAUCAAAAGUCACCCAACAAAGGACAAAAAAAAAAAUGGAAAGGAUAGGAGGGAUCGAGAAAGAUUGGGGGUACGAAAGUUGAAGGUUGAAAAGGGUGGAAGAAGGCAAAGGAAAGGACAUAAAGGACAGAUUAAAAUGCGGGAAGGGAAGAGAAGUUGUAACACGAACAGAAGAGAAAUAACUGAAACCUGAAUGGGGAAGGAAAUCGAACAGGGGAGAGGGUAGGGUGCUAACAAAAAGGGGGAAAGGAUGAGGAAAAUAAAUUGUUCUUUUUUGUCCUUUCGAUUUGAAAUUUUUUUGUAAUAUAGCGGCAAUUAGCCGGUAUCCUGGCUAUUGUGCUUACUGAUAUACUCCUCGACUUUAGGCCGUUCCCAUGAAGAACAUUUCGAAGCUAACCGUCACCCUAUUCAGUCAUCUUUUUAGCAUCAAUUCUUACUUUGUUUUUGCUUCUUGUGUAGAUGGGCUCAUGGCGAGCCUUCUCAUUUCUCUAAACAUCACAGAGAGGACUGUAUAGCUAUUCGUUCCCAUCCUGAUUGGGGAAAAUGGAGUGACGAGAGCUGUGUGAUGGAACAUCCCUUCAUAUGCAAAACAAGACGUAAGUGGUGGUGAAUGGUCCUCAUUUGAGCCUCGGUUUGAUUUCCUGGUCCCAGAGAAACUGGGGCUAGUACAUCAAGUCGAGGCUCACUCGUAAACUUAUCGCUUACAAUAACAAACGAACAAAGUUUUCUUUCAAGUUUUGGCCAGACCGCCAAAGUUUCUCAUUUCUUUUAAAAAAAAAGCCGUUCUUAUUUUAAGAAAUUUGCUGUCGCUCGAUGAGGCUCCGUACGAACGUGAGUUGCAAAAGACGAGAAGUUUGUUUCACGACUUUUCUUCUGGGAACUUUACCACUCAACUUAAACACAGUAUUAGUCUUAUAAGUUUUUAUCUCAGUUCGUAUAAAAGACGCUAUAGUGUUAUCAGUCGUAUUAGGUUUGGAAAAAUUUUGUCGGCAGUUUGACCAUAAGGAGAUGUAGGGACCUCGAGUUUGCGUGAGCGCGUUAAAAACCAGGACCGAGAGGUCUGGGUUCGAAAGCUGACUGGGUCAUUGUUUGUGUUCCUCCCCACCCAGGGACAUAACUGUUGACCAGCGGAAAGAAACUUGUGAAAAAAAAACAAAAGAAACAAAAAAAGAGGCGGGAGUGGAGGAUAGAGGAAUGGGUUGGUUUCGCCUAUAGAGCCUAACCACUUUCUUUCCUAUUUCACAGUGUGUCUUGGUAAAACAGACUUGGCAUUUAUGGUCGAUUCAUCUAUAUCCGUCGGUGAAAGUAACUUCCAGGAAGCUAAAGAUUUUGUGUGGUCCGUAAUCAGAAACUUUCCCAUCUCAAACAACGACACACGUGUCGCUGUCAUUCGCUACUCCUCACAAGCGGACGUGAUUUUUGAUUUUCAAUUCAGUGCCAAAAGCAAUGUACCCUUUCUCAAAGAAACGCUUGACAAUAUGGAAUACGUUGGCGGAGAAACGAAAACUGAGUUAGCAUUGGAUCUCGCGCGCACGGUCCUAUUCACAGAAAAGGGAGGAUCAAGAACCAAAGUGCCGAAAAUUCUCGUAGUGAUGAGUAAUGGAAAAUCGGACGACGCUUUAGCUGUUGCACGUACAUCCAUGGCCUUGAAAAGACAGGAAGUGACCGUGGUGGUGGUGGGAAUUGGUGACGAGGUGGACUUGGAGGAGUUGCUGUUAAUGGCAUCGACCCCUGAAGACGUCAUAAGUGUUAGCACAUUUAGUACGCUGAAGAAACGGGUGGGAAAAAUCAGGGAUAAAGUCUGUGACGGUGGGUGGAUUGAUUACGUUAAAACACAGGCAUGCAUCACUAGAAACAGUCUUUUUUAUGGUUUUUUCCUUUUUUCUUUUCAUAAUUGAACAGUACAAACAAACCACAACGAUUAACGAUCGUUGAUUACUACAAGCAGUCCUUUUCGGUUGGUGAAGUCGGUCGUGCAAAUAAUAAGGAAAAAAGAGAUCAGUGGAAAUAAUUGAUGUCAGCGCGCAUCUCGGAACUGUCUUUUCAUGCACCCCACCCCCAGAGUUCUGUGUAGCGUGCUCACAUACUUUAUUUUUUCUGGCUCUUUUUGGCUCUCGCCGACUGCUCGUUGUCCAAAUUGAUUGUUUCUACAGUUAUUUUUUUUAUUGAUCUUGCAGGCUUAGUCUGGUAGGAGUUUUCUUUUUUUAUAUAUAAUUUAACAGUUGCUAUUUCAUUAUUAUUUUCAGAAAUGGUUGAGAGUCAAAAUAGGAGAGAGCUUGAGGAGGAAGAGAAAAACAGCGUUAAAUAACCUGUGCAUUGUCGAAAUGACUUUUCAAUAUCAAUAUGGCGGCUGUAGUAGCAGUAAAUUGUAAAUUCAAUAGACUUUUUAUUUGAAAAUUAGACGCACAGUUUCAUAUUAUCAUCGUAGAUUUUUGUUUUUUAAUUUAUUUAUUGACGCUGUAUUGAAGAACUUUUGCAAAUUACAAGAGCUGGCACAACGGACGUGAAUAUAAGAUGAAGACUGGGCCUGCACGCUCCAAGCAGCACAGGCAUAUUUUUUUAAUGUCCGCAUCACCAAAAAAAAAAAAGAAAAGAAAAGAAAAAAAGCUGAUCAAAAGAAAAAAUAACUCCAUGCGGAAUGUGUCGAGAAAGUGAUAGUUCAUUAUCGUAUGUCCAUUGAAAAAAAAAGAGAAGCUUGUGAUUGAUAUUGUAAUAGAGGUUGCGAUAUUUUUUCGUUUUAAAAGUUCGCACGUUUCGAAUGCAUCAGUUGUUAUUUUGGCUAGAUUUUGUGCGCAGUUAGUCCGUA